AUGUCUUAUACACCAAGCUUUUAUAAAGGAAGCAAUUUUACAUUCCAAAGUAACAAGCAAAAUUUUCAAAAUAAUCCUGCACAUUUACUUUUACCCCCACCACCUCCACCUCUAGUAACCUCUAACCCUGCUCAUUUACUUUUACCCCCACCACCACCACCUCUAGUGACCUCUAACCCUGCUCAUUUACCUUUACCCCCACCACCACCACCUCUAGUGACCUCUAACCCUGCUCAUUUACCUUUACCCCCACCACCGCCACCUCUAGUGACCUCUAAUCCUGCACAUUUACAUUUACCCCCACCCCCUCCACCUCUAGUGACCUCUAAUCCUGCUCGUUUACUUCUUCCCCCACCCCCACCCCCACCACCUCCGGUAACGCCAUUUUUAUUUACUCCAGAAUUGACAGAUCAAGAAUACAUUAAAAAAUUCGAAGUCCGCAUACCCUACAAAGUUAAGCCAAAGGUUAAUUUUGUUCAUGUUUCUCAAGUCCACGAGACUUUGUAUGAAUUAGUUCUUUCACUGAACGAUUUAAAAGUUCAAGAAGGAAAGUUGUCUUCAAACAUUGAUACGUUAUCAGAAGAAGAAUGGACGGAAGCUCUCAAGAGUGUAAAUACAAAUAAAAAUGUUAUACAACGUACAAUAUCGAAAUUGAGCAGUUCAUACCUAGAUAUGAGCAGGAAACUUGUUGCCAAAAGAACAGCAAAGAGGUUACGAUUGAAAAGGCUUAGAGAAGAGAGGAAGAGAGAGAAGAAGGAAAGAAUAAAGGAGUUGGAAGAGAGAUCGCGCAAGAUUGAUGAGAAUUUACAGAAGAUAAAAGAUGACAUUCAGAAGGCUAAACAGGAAGAAGAAGCCAAAAUCAAAGCAGAUAUUCUUCUAAAAGAAGUGAUAAGAAAGAAACAUGAUGCUAAAAAGGCCAUAGCAAAGUUGGACGCUCUUGUGAAGUUAAGAAGAGCGAGACAGAACACCGCGAGAGGGAGAGGGCAAGAGGUAUCUGAAGCGGAGACUACUGCCUUUCAAAAUAAUAUUGAGCAAAUCUCAAAGCUAUGGCAACAAAAGCUGUUAACUUACGAGGAGGAGGAACGCGAGUCCAGAGCUCAAUUGGAACAGAACAACAAACUGAACAAUUCCCCUACGUUUAAAGAGUUGAAGGUCAAAGAGAACUUGGUGGAAUGGCGACGGGCGAUGUUUGGUGACGAUGUGAACCCCCAGGUUGAUUUUCAAGGCGAUUUGGCGAAAUUCAUAGCUGUUAGAUCGCAAUGGGAUGCGUACAUAGAUGACAGCGCGGAGUCAACCCCCCUCCCUAUAGGCUGGUUGGUCCCCAACUCGGUUACUUAGUAACUACUAAUUUACUAUGUAAUUGCGACGCGGAGCUUACUAUAUUUUUCAUAUGCUAGUUUGUAGAAAUUAAUUAAUUACGUUUUGUACGCAUUUAUGCUUCGGAAUAAAUUGUUUUUUUGUAAUAA